AUUCACUCCAGCUCUCCCUCGCGUUUCGCAAACCUGCCAUUUGGUUUUCAUCGUCGUGCAACUCCCCUUUUCUCUCCUGCAACGGCUUGUUGUAAUCCCUUCCCCGUAUCAAUCACACCCACAGUCUGUUUGUUGCUCGUGAGCUCAUCCCGCAACAAAGCACGAAGUCCUCCCUAACGCAGACGCGCAGACACGUCUGACCGGCCUUCUUGCACCUCCAUCAUCGUUCGGCGCCGCCAAACUACUCCCCAAUUCAUUCAAGGCAGCGAAACUUUCUCUCGGCCCCCGCUGGGAUUCUCUAGUCUCCCACCAGCAGCCUCUACUCUCAUACGAGGACCCAACACCAGUUGACGAGCUCGCCAGUCGGAUCGCGAAUAUGGACGUUGAGAGGAGACAUCAUAAUGGAGGUGGUAGGGAGAGGCAUCAUGGUGGAGGCGGAGACAGACAUCAUGGCGGUGGGGAGAGGCAUCAUGGCGGAGGCGGGAGGUUCCAUGGGAGGGGAAGGAAACGAAAUUUCCGAGAGCGAGGUGAUGACGACGGGGAUCACGAUCGUCGACCACGUUUCAAGCCCCGCUACGAAGAACCGGCCGCAUCACGUCUUCGCCGACUGAUUCUCGCCAUCGCGGAACAACCGAGAGAUGGCGCGGCGAACGAGGCCCAAUAUAUCGCCAAAUUGUUGAACGAGAACUUUGAAGAUGAUCUGACGAGGAAGACCUUCUUUGAUUUGGUGCUUCAAGCUGUUUCGGAGCAGCCGUUGAAGAUUCCAUAUGUUGCUGCCGUCAUUCUCCAUGCCAAUGAAACGAACGCGGAGAUCGGGAAAGAGGCCCUGGAGAGAGCGAGAGUUCGAGCGCAGUUCGCAUUGGACAGCGGCGAUUGGCGUGGAUUCAAGCUCGUCUUGCGAUUCUUCGCCUGUCUUCAGCCGAUGCUGGCUGACGACGGCGUGUUUCCAUUGCUUGACGAAGUCUUCAAUCGCGCCGUUGAUUUGCAGACAGCGUCUCAGGAGGACGCUGUUGGUUUGGACUUGGUCAAGAUCAUCUUGUUGACUCUUCCCUAUCUUCUUGCGAAUUCGCCGACCACAUGGGCUGAGAAGGCGGCUGAGCUUCUCGAGAAGACGGACAUCGUCGCAUCAGCACCUCAUCCACUCGAACCACUUGUGGAAUCUUAUCUUGGCGAUGAAGAUCAGAAGCCUUUUGGGUUCCGCAGCUUUAUUGGACUACUCCAAAAGCAGCUGGCCAAGGAAUCCGAAAAUGGCUGGGAACUCACAUGUCUUUCCCGUCCCUACACCGACUACAAGAAACAGGCCAGCGAGGAGGCUACAGCGGAGAUCCCAAAACAUGCCCUCCCAGAAAUCACCGUUCCCUCCCCCGUCAACCCCGGCCGGAGGCCCGUCUUCCCGGAGACCUAUUUCUCCAUGUACGCCGACACCGAGAUCGAAACCGUGCCGCGGACCGACGACAUCGCUGCCUCACUGAUCCGCGACGCUACCGUCGACACGAUCAACCUCCUCGACUUCAACCGCGUCACCACGGCGCGCUUCCUCAUGGAAAUCGACUGCUUCUGGGCCGCGGGCACUUUCGCCAAGCGCGGAACGGCGUUCGAUAAGUUGAAGAACGACGAGGGCAGGACGAUGUGGAAGUCCGAGGAUAUGGCGGUGGAUGCGAUCUUCAGCCAGCUGUUCGCCCUGCCGAUCCCGGAGCACAAGCUGGUGUAUUAUCAUGCCGUGGUGACGGAGUGUUGCAAGAUCGCGCCGGCGGCCGUGGCGCCUAGCUUAGGAAGGGCCAUCCGGUUCUUGUUCCGGAAUAUCGAUUCGAUGGAUAUGGAGCUAGAGUAUCGGUUCAUGGAUUGGUUUGCGCACCAUCUGAGUAACUUUGAUUUUCGAUGGAAGUGGGCAGAAUGGAUUGAGGAUAUCAGCCGCCCUGAUCUGCAUCCGAAGAAGGCAUUCCUAGCCGGCAUCUUAGAUAAGGAGAUCCGGUUGAGCUUUGCGAAGCGCGUUCGUGGAACGCUGCCGAAAGAGUAUCAUGUUCUUGUGCCGGAGGGCAAGGAUAAGGAUACUCCAGAUUUCAAGUAUAGUUCUGAUGAUGUCCCAUUCGCACCGGAAGCCCGUCAGAUUCUAGAUUUGUUGAAGAAAAAAGCCCCAGACUCCGACAUCCAACCCAUCAUCGACAACAUCCACGCGCAAGCCUCCGAAGCCGCCCUCUCGGACCCCCUUGUCGCUUCCACCGACGCAUACAUGACCGCCGUCCUGGUGAUCGGCUCCAAAUCCCUCUCGCAUCUCAUCUCCGGCAUCGAGCGCUGCCGCGAACGUCUCGUCUCCGUCGGCCCGGCCUCCGAGGCCGCCCGCCGCCAAAUUAUCUCCUCCGUCGUCGACUACUGGCGCUUCCGUCCCGGCACUGCCGUCGGCGUCGUCGACAAACUACUCAACUACACCAUCCUGCUGCCGGAAAGCGUGGUGCUCUGGGCGCUCGGGCCCGAACGCCUCGGAAAAGGCGAGCCGCUGGCCGAUGCUUGGCUAUACGAGAUGGUCUCCGGCACUCUCGGCAAAGUCGCGACACGCGUCCGCCAGAUCCGCGACGCAUUGGUCAACGCCCGCGUCGCUGGCGGCAUGCCCGACGAGCAGAUCACCAAGCUAGAGGAGCUCCUCACGCAAGAGCGCGGGGCGAUGCGAGCGCUGUUCGGCGAGGUGGACGACUCGGUCGGCGGCGUGGCGCGCGGGGUGUCGGAAGGGAUGCUCGAGAACGAAGCGGACGACGCGAUAACGAGGAUCCUACGGGCGUGGGGGGCGCGGUGGGCGCGGGUGUUCCGGCGGCGGGCGGCGGUGGAGGAGACGUGGGUGGCGGACGAGGCGAUCAAGGCGGCGAUCGAAGCGCGGAAGAUGUUAGAGGGGGCGGAGCGGCGGCGGGCGGAGGAGGUGGCAGCGGAGGAGGAGCGGGAGGAGGAGGAGCGGGUGAAAAGAGAGGAGGAGGAGAGUAGGAAGCGGGAGGAGGAGGAGGAGAGGGUGAAGCGGGUGAAGAUGGAUGAGGGGAAGGUGGAGGGGGGGGAAGAGGUGAAAGUUGAUAUGCUGGAUGUGGCACCGGAUGCGGAUAUGGUGGAUGGGAGUUAG